AUGUACGGUUCAUACGGAUCAACGAGCUCGACGAGCAGCUCCUACUCGCACUCCUACAGCCCCUAUGGCAGCUACCACACCAUGGCCUCUCCCAUGGAUAUCGCUGCCAGCCCAUUUUCCACCAGAGGACUCGACGCGACCUGCGCCUUCCCAUCAUGGCCGCGCCGGGAGUCUUUCUGCGAGCAGGAUUCUUAUGAGGGACGGGUUUCGUCAUACAUCUCGGACGACGACCUCCUUGGCGCCAGCGACAUGUACGAGGACGACUCUUCCAGCAACGGCAGUGCUUCUCCCAUCCAGUCACCACCCACUCAGUACCCCACCGAGACCGAGCUCCUCGAGAUGCAACGUGAGAGGGCGGCCUACCAGCGCGAGGUGAUGCGCCUCGUCCUCGCCGAGAAGGAGAAGAGGAAGCAGCAGGCCAAGCGCAGGGCUAGCGCCACCAAGAAGAGCAAGUCCAGCAAGCUCACUGCCAUGACUCCCAUCUCCGAGUGA